UUUCUGUCUUCAGCUCAGAGCUCUGCUUUCCCUCUCUUUUUGCUCACUCUUUCACUCUUCUCUCCGCGAAUCGCUUCGACUCCAUAGCCGUUCUCGAGCUUCCGCUUCAGCUCCCUCUCCUGCUCCCUCGCUGAUUGCUGUAGCUGCUGUUACAUGGUUUGGCUGUAUAUGACCAAAAUUUCCCGGAGAAAUUAUUGAUCUCACAUCUACUCCCUCGCCGUUGAAGAUGCCACUUGGAAAUAUAGCAAGCUGGAGAUUGCGGAAGCAGGAUCAUGACAGAUGCUGCUGUAAAGGACGCAUUUAUUAAUAUGGAUAUGGACGAGAACAAGAACAUCUUCACUUCUUACCCUGCUGAGGCCGAUCGUCAUGUAUCUUUUCUUACUGCUUUUGAGGAUGAAGUGAUGGGAGCAGAGCAUGCCUUUCUGGGACAUGAAUGUGACAAAGACUUGGUUGGUGGUCAUCUUGGCUUUGGCACGUACGAUCUACAGAAGUGCUUUAGUGUUGGCAAUAUUUCAUCUGCUCUCGAGUAUGAUGAGAUAAUCAAUGGUGAUGCUGUAAAUUCUACUCUUAAUGUGGGAGAGGAAGCAGAGAAAGAAUUUUUUAAUGGGAUGCUGCAGGGAACAGAUGAGAGAAUAUUGCGUGAGCAUAAUCUUCGGCGACACGCAUCCAAUGAGCACUCUCUAGACACUAGAGUGAUGGGCGGUCAUUUCAACAAUACGUAUAGCAAAUCUGAAAAAUCCUGUCUCAGAGAGAACUUGGAAUUAGAAAAUGGAGCGCAGGCUCUUGGUAGAGCAGACCGUGAGGCUGAUAUGUCAGGGUUAGCUUCAGAGAAAGCUUGCAUCGAAUUGAGAAAUGGCAAGAACUCAGCUCUCUUUGAUCAGAUGACUGUUCAAGAACUGCAAGAGACCUUCAGGGUUAUGUUUGGGAGAGAAACCAUGGUGGAAGACAAGCAUUGGCUGAAGCGGCGCCUCUUAUUUGGUCUAGAAAACAACAGUGAGUUGGAGGAACAUCUGAACCUUGUGAGAUGCCGUACAGCUUUCAAUGAGAAUGAAGUAAAAAAAGCGCCGACCUCUUCUUGUACUCAAGAUGGUGGAAGUUUGGUGGAGGAGAAGCCGAAAGGAAUUGUGACCAAUUCUCUUGCAACUCUUUCUUCCGAGCUUGCUGAAACUGGGACUAGUUCUCAGGACAAAGGAGAUGAAGGUCUGGUCAUUAUAGGAAAGAGAUUGCACAAGCCACCUCGCAGAUACAUUGAGGAAUCUUUGGAGCCAAAAUCUAGAAGUAGUAGUCGUAGGAGAUGUGCUACUAUCCAAAAAGCAUUGAAGGUAAAACCUUUAGGUGUAAAAUCUCCCAAGCAGCCCUCAAAGCAACCUCCUAAGCAGCUUCCCCGUAAGGGCAAUGGAGCAGUGCUAUCUGUGCACGAGGAAGAGCCUUUUAAUGGAGCUUGCAUUCAGGUUCCGUUUGGUCUUCCUGUCGAAGAAGAGCAGGUGAAAGAAACUCCAUCAUCUUUGACAUUGAGCAUUGUCUCGUGUCAUGAUUCUGACAAUUGCCCCAGCAAUCAAUCCACUAUUUCAAAUGAAAGAUCUGAUGCUGAAUGUCUAUCGGUAUCGGCUAAAUUGCAAGAGAACAUCUCAAAAACUGAUCGGGAAGCUAGGACCAAUGUACAAAAGGGGAAAAGACGAAGAAAGCACCAUAUGCCGUGGACUCAGUCAGAGGUGUUGAAGUUGAUCGAAGGAAUAUCUCAUCUUGGAGUUGGAAGGUGGUCUAAAAUAAAGAAGCUACUAUUUGCUUCAUCGAAGCAUCGCACAUCUGUAGAUCUAAAGGAUAAAUGGCGAAAUCUGGUGAAGGCUAGCUGCACGCAGCUGAGGAAGAAGAGAAAGGGCGUGCAGGGUCGGAAGCAGCUCACGCAUCAAGCUCCGGAGCCCGUUCUACGUCGGGUUAGAGAACUGGCCAACUUAUACUCAUAACACCUAAAGAGAGAGACAGCAACUCUCAAGUGAUUAUUAUAUCGGAUAACUAGGCUGCUGCUCUGAGGUAAGCUAAAAAAUGUAGAAAACUUAGCCGAAACUUUUAAUCGGAGGGAAUCACUGCUAAGGAAACAGGAAGUUAUUUGUUUCCAGACAUUGGCAAUGACGUGUUGUGGACGCGAGCACACUAUUUAUUUAUUGUAGUUUGUGCCCUGGUCUGGUAUGUUCUAAAAUCCUUUUGGGUGUUUUUUCUCCUCCAAAAACCGAAAGGCUGCGCGACCAUAACGAUGUGAUAAAUGAUGCAAAAGAAGCUCAAAUUUGAUUGAA